AUGGCGCACAGACAAUAUGAGCUGACAGUCCGACAAGAGCCUAAGCAGGCCAGGAUGUGCGGUAUUGGGGGCAAAGCGGACCGUCGUCCUAUCGACCCACCUGUUAUCGUACAGCUACGAGUCAUCGACCCGUCAGCACCCCCUACUACGGAAACGGACGACAAGGACUCAAGCGAUGACGAGCCUCCAUACGGAAAUUUGGCUGGUUAUGCCCAGAGCUUUCUCCAAAACCCAUAUUACUUCAUGUUCGCCAGUCUCGCUAAGCCGGACGACGAUACAGAACUCCAUUGGCUCAAAGAUGGACGGACACGAUGCACAACAGGCAGUGUUGUGAGCUCGUUAUAUGCCUUGAAAGACCCGACCGCAGCGCCGGCUUCCAUAUCAAAAGACAGUCCAACUACGGCGCUACCCUCCUCUGACGCUGGCUUCUUUGUGUUCCCUGACCUCUCUGUUCGCACAGAGGGUUCCUAUCGUCUCAAAUUAAGUCUUUACGAAGUGGUUGGCAACGACGUCCGCCACUGUAAAUCCAUCUACAGCGCGCCGUUUUACGUCUACACGGCCAAAAAGGGAAUCAAAAUUCGCAUCCGGAAGGAUAUUCGCAUGCGAAAAGCCAGGGGAACAGCGCCACCCGCGCCGCCAAGUGCUAUAGUUCCUGCAGCCUCUACUUCAAGCAGCACUAAUAUGCCGGCUGUAGGGCUAGACCUAGCUGAAGAUGACAAGCCGCAGCAAAACCGUCCGGCUAAGCGGAGCCGCAUAGAUGACGGCAGUGGUAGCAACAAUACUGGCGGGGCUCCGCCCGUUGGAACCCCUUGGCCAUCGACUCCUUUGGUUCCACCACCUCCGGGAGCCGAAAUUCAAGGGCAACCCACGGGUCCACCAGCUGUCAUUCCUCCUCCGCCACCACCGAUGUCGGCGGGCCCGCCACCGGUGCAACAAACAGAUUUAUAUGACAAUCGAUUUGCUGCUUAUGAUCAAAGCCCUGUUGCUCACAUGACGGCUGGACCUAGUGCACCUCCUCAGCCCCAAGUAAUGCAUCCGCCACCUCCCCCUCCCCAUGCUUAUGCUCAAUACCCACAUCCGUAUUAUUACCCCCCGCCACCCCACUCCUGGGGCCCAGCUUAUCCAGACCCAUAUCAUCAACAAUAUGGUGCUCCGCCACCCAUGCGCUACGAUUAUAGUCACGGAUAUGCACCCCACCCUCCCCCAAUGCCACCUCAUUAUCAAUAUUAUGAACCCCAGCCGCAGCCUAGCUAUCCAGCUGGUGAGUAUGCGGCAGCAGGGACGGGAACGCCUCCAAUUCCCGUGCCAAGCAAUGCUCCACCGCCUCCAGCAAGUGCAAGUCCUGGUCCUGUUGUCCCAAGUAAUGCCCCUCCGCCUCCUGGUCCGGGUAUGGUCAUGCGACCACAUAUGGGACAACCUCAGUAUUAUAGACCAACUGGCUAUCCGGUUCAGCCCCCGCCAAUGUCGAUGCCGCCUUACUAUUACCCGCCAGCGCAGGCUCAACCCCAACCUCAACCCCAGCCCCAACCUCAACCUGAUCAUCACACACCCGGGCCUGCUCACUCAUGGGGCACUCCUGCGAAUCCGUAUUCAGUCAACAUACCGCCUGCCCCAGUUUGGAACCAGCCGCAAGGCCAGGAGUGGCACGGGCAGGCGCCAACGCCAUCCCACCAGCAACCCGGCACACGCGUCGAAUUACCGCCGUUACGCACACAGCCAAGCUCGGGAGAAGGGCCAGGCUCGGCUGCCAAAAGCCCUCCGAUGAUCCAGAUUGGAGCACGCGGGAAGGAGUCGGCCUCUAAUGGGAAAAAGGCUGCGCUCAGCAUUGGCAGCAUCAUCUCAGACGAAUCCUAG